AUGAAAGGAGACCCCGAUGACCCUAAAUGCGGGUUCAGUAAUGCUGUUUGUCGCAUCUUGGAAAUGCACGGUAUACUAGACCAGGCUAGAAAAGAUACCAAAUCUAAACUUUUCGCUUCCUACAAUAUACUUGAGAGCAAUGAGUUACGUUCCGCGGCAAAAUUGUUUGCAGAUUGGCCCACUUUUCCGCAAGUGUAUUUCGACGGUGAAUUCGUUGGUGGCUGUGAUAUCCUGUUGGACAUGCAUCGAACUGGAAAGUUAACGGAAGAAUUAGAAAACCGUGGCAUUUCUUCCUCACUCAAAGAUAAAAACACGAAGGAGGAACGCUAG